AUGGGUCGUUCAUACUCGUAUUUCAAUAGUAAACAAAUGUAUCUGAGAAAGGAUGUGGAACGAGCUUUUGGAUUUCUGAAGCGGAAGUUCGCAAUCAUUUGUGGGCCUUAUCGUGGUCUAAGUGCUCGUGAAAUGCAUAAGACUAUGCUGAUUUGCAUCAUUAUGCAUAACAUGGUUAUCCAGGAGACUCGUCGUAAUAAUAAUUGGACUAACCAUCAAGAUGAAGACUUAAGGCCUGAGAUUAUACCAGCUAGAGGAUUACCUGCAAGGAACUAUGCGCAAAUGACCAGUCAUAUUGAGAACAGAACUCUGUAUAACAGGUUGAGGGAAGAUCUCAGAGCGAAUCUGUGGGCUGAGUUUGUAAGAUUUGGGGGACGAAUUGAGUAG